UACACGUAGCCUAAAUACAAAUUGUCCGUUCAACAGGGAUCUUUAUAAACAUUAUAUAAUAACAACACAUUUCGUCCUUCUUCGCAUGCGCAGGAAAUCGCCAUGACAACGAAUAUCGAUAAACAAAUUGAGCCGCUUUUCCGGUAUAAUCUUGCUUUUACUUUCGAUUCAAACACCAUCAUUAUAAGCUGCAAAUAACUUAUGAAUUUCGAUCGUUUCACCUUGAUCUCGAAUGAGGUUGUGGAAUUCAAAUCUACGUGGCGAACCGACGAAACUGUCACUCUAACAGAUUCGUCGAUCGGUACCGAUCCACCUCCACCGAAACACGAUGCCGAAACGAUUGUCGUCGAACAGAAACACAUUGGGACACAAACGGAUGAACCCAGUCAAGAGAUAGCGUCGUGUGAUGAUGCCAAACUUAGCCACUGGCUGCGAAAAGUGUAUCCGUUGGUUGAGGAGGAGUUGUCCUAUGGUAUUACCGAGGUAUACGACGAAAACGAGAAUUUAAGUGAAAUCGGCCCCGAAAGACCCAUCAUACGGAAGCAUCAACAGCUGACGCUGCAAAAGUUUCUGACGGAUCAGAACAACACUACCAAAUUUAACACGGGUUCUGCCACGUGGCUUUCCAUUCGUACACGAGAUGCACCUCUUCUGGUAGUUUCGUGCAGUCAACAGCACGAAGCCUGGUGUGAACACACGUACGCUUCAGUAACGGUUUUUACUCCGAAAAGAGAUUCUUUCGAUUCAGUUCAAUGGGUUGAGCUAUGCAGCAAUCCUGUUAAAGCCUGCAUUGAAACACUGGUAACGAAUCCUUUCAACAAGGAUGUACUGGCAGGAGGGACGGUUUCCGGUGAUGUCUACAUUUGGCAGUAUGAGCAGAACUUGAAAAAUGAACAAAAUUCUUUCGCGGAAUUAUUUUCCGAGACUACGGAUUACGGGAAAGUAGUUGAUAUGGCAUGGAUGAAACCAUAUCCGUUAAGUGAUGAUUUUGGUCUGUUAUCAUGUCAUACUGACGGAAUCGUAAUACUUUGGAAAGUUGGCAAACACAUCGUUAAAGAUAAAACGUUACGAUUUUCUGCUUCUUCAACGUCUCGCGAAGAUUUAUUAUUAACCCGAAUUUUAACAAUUACCGACUCAAAAUUUGUCAUCGGUGCGGAUAGUGGCCAUAUUCGAGUCUGUUGGGUCACUCAGCUAACCACCGUGGGACAAUCGGUUCCCGGAGCAACCGUUGAUUCUACUGUCUCCAACCAGAGAAGUUUGUUUACACCGUCAAUGGUCGAACUUAAAUCGCACUCGUUCGCAGUCACAACUCUGCAAAAUAUAGAAAACCCCAAUAAAAAAUUUCUACUUAGUUGCGACCUAACUGGAGAAGUUUAUUUUCAUGACACUACAGAUGUCAUGAACUCAACACCAUCAUUGAUCAUCAAGAUGUCGCUGCCAUUCAAAAAUCGAAUUUUCUGCACAGAUGAUAUGCGUUUUAUACUGAGCCCUCGCGACAAUGGUACACUAGAAGUGUACAACAUCGAUGACGGUUCACGGGAAAUCAUCGAAAAUAGUGAGCUGAUUGGAAGGCCAAGCUUCAUCAAGACCAGUGCAAACAAGAAAUGGAUAGUAACAGGACCUUAUGAUGGAGCCGUCACGAUUUAUUCGAUGAAGAUGGAUGUAUAGAAAAUGCGACACGCUCUGGUUUACAAUUUUAGUGCAAACAAAUGUUUACACUAAUAGCUUUAGUAUGAACAUAACAAUCAAUAAAGCAAGCAUCUAGAAUGCUUUUAGAAUAGUGGC